AUCUGGCAACCCUGGUCUCAAAGUACACAGCAAUGGCUGAUAACUCAGGGCUGACUGGAACUCCGCUGGGGAUAGCAAUAGCCGUAAUCUCAAGCUUUAUUAAUGGCUCGACAUUUGUGCUUCAGAAAAAGGGAAUACUGCGUUCUCGUGACAAAGGGUGUUCGUACCUUACAGAUGUGGUGUGGUGCAGUGGAACGCUGUGCAGUGAGUAUGACAUUAAGAAUACUUUGUUCCUCAAACGCCUUUGUUUUCAGCUAAAUGUGACAAAACACCCGUCUGCUUUCUCAGUGAUCAUUGGUCAAGUUGGGAAUUUCCUGGCGUAUAACCUGGCCCCUGCUGUGAUUGUUACACCUUUAGGGGCCCUUGGAGUACUGUUUGGAGCAGUCCUGGCUUCUUGGAUCCUGGAGGAGCGUCUAAACGUCCUGGGGAAGCUCGGCUGCAUCAUCUGCUGCUGCGGCUCCGUCGUGCUAAUCAUUCAUGCCCCUAAAGCGGUGGCAACGUCCAGGCAGGAGCUUGAAGAUGGACUGUCAGAUCCAGUGUUUGUAACCUACAUCCUGCUCGUGGUGCUGACCCUGGUCGCCCUGAUCGUGUGGGUCGCUCCAGCUCAUGGGACGUCCAACAUCAUGGUGUACGUCGCCAUAUGUUCGCUUCUGGGAAGCUUCACCGUCCCGAGCAGCAAAGGACUCGGCCUGGUGGCUCCUGAUGUGUUCGGCGAAGGACAGCCAAGUGUCGGUGCCGUGGCGCUCUUCCUUGGCCUGCUGGGGGCGCUGGCGGUCAGCAUACUGAUCCAGUUCUUCUUCAUCAAUAAGGCCUUGGAGUGCUUCAGCUCCAACAUAUUUGAAGCGAUAUACUACGUGACGUUCACGUCCACCGUGAUUUUCGCUUCUGCCCUUCUGUUCAAGGAGUGGAUGGGACUCACGGUCACCGACGGCCUCGCCAUGCUCUGUGGCCUGACAACGGUGUGCGUGGGAGUGAUACUCCUUCGAAUCUCCCAGGAAGCUGUGAUUAACUGGAAGGAGAAAAAGGGACUGAAAAAGACAAACUGAUUGUGCUACGGUGCUUUUUUUGUUGUUUUUGCAGGACAUAGACUCUGUUGCUCUGCUCUACCUCCCCUUUAAGUGACCAAAGCUGUGAGAUGAAACAGUCAGCCGUGACCUUUGACCACAUAAGUGUGAGGAGGAAAGCAUUGAUUACAUUGUGAGCAUCUUAACGGAUAGCGGGUGGGAUUUGUUAGGGAACAAAAUGGCGUUCUGUACAGGAAUACUGAAGUGUAGGGACUUUAUACUGUGCCUUGCAGAAGUGGUGAUGUAACUAGAAUUUUAUUACAUUUUGAUAGAGCACAACUACAAACCUCUAUGCAUUUUAUCAGCUAGACCAAUGUAGAAUAACGCAGCAUGAGGAAGAGGAAAAAAUAUGUUUUAUGAUCACACGUGACAUACACUCCACCUCUCUAACUCAAUGAAUCAUGAUGGUGCCACUGCCAUGUUUUACUAAGGGGGUGGCUAUUUACACAAAUAAAAAUCAAAAGGUUGUGCCUUUUUAUGAAACCCAUACGGGUCUCUUGGAGGAGUGCACUGAGAAA